UUCUUCUUGCUUUUCUCCCCGUCAAUGGCGGCUCACUUUCUGUUACUUUUCCCAUCCAACUCACACCCAUUUCACUCCCUCUCCAAAACCCAUCAAUAUUUUUCUUUCUAAUAUCUCAUAUGGUCAUGGAUCCAGUCCUUCAAGCCAUCAUAGGUGCCACCGCCAGCUUCAUCUUCAUCACCCUUAUAUGCUCCUUUAUCUACUGCAUAUGUCACACAAAAAAGAAAACAACUCAUGACCCAGAAUCCAGACAUCGUACUAGAGCAAUCCGAACAGCCCCGAAUCUCGGUAUGUCAACUUCUUUUAUUAGCGUAGCGGAAAGCCAACUGUUUGAUCCAUCUUUGAAUCAAAUUGAUAUGUCUGACUUAGUCAAAGCAACCCGAAACUUCUCCCCUGAUUUAAUUGUAGGCGAUGGAAGUUUCGGGUUGGUUUAUAAAGCCGAUCUCCCUUGGGGCGUCACCGUAGCUGUUAAAAAGCUCGGCGCUGACGCCUUUCAAGGGUAUAGAGAAUUUCGGGCUGAGAUGGAGACACUUGGCAAGAUCAGAAAACAUGAUAACAUUGUGAAAUUUUAUGGAUAUUGUGCUACGGGUUCUGAUAGGAUUUUGAUUUAUGAAUUUAUCGCAAAUGGGAGCUUAGACCAAUGGCUUUACGACAUGUCGUCCGCUAAUAACGAAUCCUUAACCGUACGGACACGGUUGUCUUGGAAAACUAGAGUUAAAAUUAUUAAAGGGGUAGCAAAAGGGCUAGCAUUUAUGCAUAAUUUGGAUACGCCUAUAAUUCAUAGAGAUAUAAAAGCAAGUAAUGUGUUAUUAGAUGAGGAAUUUGAGGCUCAUAUAGCGGAUUUUGGGCUAGCCCGAAGGAUUGAGGAUUCACAUUCUCAUGUAUCGACUCAAGUAGCAGGGACAAUGGGGUAUAUGCCCCCAGAGUAUUUCUAUGGGGCUCCUGCAGCUACUGUUAUGGGAGAUGUUUAUAGUUUUGGGAUACUAAUGUUUGAGAUUGUGACUUCUAAGCGUCCGAAUUGGCCAAUGAAAGACGAUGGAAAAGAGAUUCGAUUAGUUGAAUGGGCUGCGAAAAUGGUAUCACAAAAUCGAGAAAUGGAAAUGGUAGAUGUUGGAAUGUCGAAAGAUGAAGUAAACGAAAAUGAGGUUUUGGAGUUCAUCAAAAUCGCAACGUUUUGUACUACUGAAUCGAAUAAAUUGCGACCAAGUAUGAAUGAAGUUGUCAAGUUACUGGAUCAAAUUGAGAAUGAAGCUACAGUCUAGUAAUUUUAUCAUGUUUUUUUUAAUGUGCUUAGUAUUUCAUGAUGUGAAGGUGCAUUCAUUUUUUGGGCCUUUUAAUUGUCAGUUCAUCAUGAAAGAAACGAUUGUAAUUAGAUAGUAUAUAGUGUAAAGAAUAAUAUUCCUGAAAGAA